AUGUCUCCCACCGAAGUAGAGGCAAACGGUUGGACCGCUGUUUCCGUCAGCGCCAAGGAGAUCAAGGACUCGGUCGGGCAGCUUGGAGCCACACAAACUUACACUGUCCAAGACAUCAUUUUCCCCUUCGAGGAUAAACUUGUUUCUGAAGCUCAAGCCUUUGUCAAGGCACGUCUGAGUCCAGAGGCUUACAACCACUCCAUGCGGGUUUUCUACUGGGGUAAAAACAUUAUUGGCGUUUGA